AUGGUCGAUGAAGACGCAGAUCCUGAAGCGGCGUAUCUCAAGAGCUUGAAUGAUCUGAAUUCAAUGGCAUGCUCUAUCCUCGACACAGCAGGCUACAACUCCAAGUCUCUCCAGAUAAAAUUGACUUCUUUCAGCAGUAAGAAGAGGCAAGAUGCCAUUCUCAAGCCAAGGACAAGAGAGAGACAAGACGCUAUUGCCAAGGUCAAGGUUGGAGGAGGCAAACACUUCCAACUGACGGGAGGGGCGGCAUUGAAUGAGGAUGAUUACUUCAUUUCACUUCAACGAUCAGCGUUGCAGUCCGAACUGGAGAGUCUGGAACAGCAGAAGAGGAAGAAGCAAGAAUCAGAGAAGAGAGAGACAGAUGCAUUAGCAUUGCUCCAAGCCAACGAGAACAGAGGCGAUGACAAAUGGAAUAGUAAGGAGCUCAAAACUUUGCUGUCGUGGAAGAUGGAAGGUCCUGUGCCAACAAAGCUAUCAACCAAACCAAACAGACUUGCGAAGUGGAUGGCACUCAAAGCUAAGGUUGUUCCACCAGCAGCCAGGUGGACGACUCAAGAUCAGGCCGAACUCGAACGGCUAAAGCACAAGAUCGAUCACAUCACUCUUGAAGACACAGAACUUGGCCGACAGCGCCAGAGGAUGCAGCUCGAAGCAUUGUCGACAGUGAGAGGAAUGUCGGAAUCCGAACGAGACGAGUUUCUACGGAGUUUGGCAAAUGGCAGAAGCUCCGACAAUGAUGGCGAUUCAGUGGUGUCGGAUCGCGGUGGCAGUGGCAACAACAGAGUGUGA